AUGACGCUCUUUAGCCCGACGAGCGUCCUCGUGGGCUUCCUUCUCCUCUAUCUGUCCUCCUUCCUCAUCUUCGCCAUCGUCCGCAUCGCGACCGGAAUCUCCAUCCAACGAAUUGGUUAUUUCUCGCUCCGCCGCAUCGCCUACGUUCCGCGGGAAGGGGUACACAUCGAACUUCGGGGUCUUGGGCUGUCGUUACACCCUCCAUCAUUCGCGCAGCCGACAUGGGUCAGUAUCCGACUGACGGAGCUGAAGGUGACGGUGAAGCCGUCUGCUCUGGGCAGAGGGAAAGGCAAUGCAGCUGAAACGGAUGGGCUGGACCCCCCAAGCCAUGCCGAGGUGGCGGAUCAACAACCGGAGGACGAAAAGAGAGGCAGCCCAUUGCAAGCUUCUACCACUUCGCGGAGUAAGACAUGGGAAAAGUUGGCGCGGGUGAAGGAGCAGGUGAAGAAGCUGCAUCGGAAAGUUCACUGGCUCAAACUGGUGGACGUUGUCGCUGUCAACACGACCAUCAAUUUCCUCGAGGCUGGUCAAUUCCAAAUCGGGUCGCUCUCUUUGGCGGUGGAUACAAGGCGAAAGAUGGUCGAUCGAGGCAAGGUCUUCCGUCGGAAGAUAGAGGAGCUCAAUGAACCAUGUCCAGCGGAAUGGAUUAUGAAUGUGCAAAACGUCCUGCUUGCGGUCGACGGCGGCGAGCCCACCGAACUCCUAGACCAUGCCCAGAUCAAUAUCCACGGCCUCCUCCACAAAGAUCUCGAUGGACUCCGGGACGCCUCGAUUGCUUUGAAGAUCGGACGACUACAUCUACCCUACGACGAGCUCCGAACCGUGGCGCAACGGAUGAAGCAGUUUCGCCAAACUCGACCGGAAGCCGCCGCCAAUGAUACCGACGACGAGAUAUCGUUUGCCGAUUUUGUGGAGGAACUGGACAACCCUGGCAGUCGGGACGAUGCAAUUGUGCAGACGGUUGCGGACUCGAAAGAGUUCGCGAGUUCUCUCCUUCGCGGCAUUCGGGAGAUACAACUGGCCUUGAGCUUUUUCAGAUUGUCGCGCGCGGUACAGCCUUCCUCGGCGACACAGAAACCCGUGUACUUGAAUAUCUCUUCUCAUGAGAUAGGUGUCGACCUACAUCGAAUGGACCAGAAGAGCCCAGCCCAUCGCAUGUAUUUCCAGCGCGCAGACGUUGCACACCAGGCCCUUCUGGCCGCCAUCUCUCUUUCGGUGAGUUUAGACGAUAACUCGGGCGAGACCAAUAACAUUCUCUACAUCCCCAUGGCCACAACAACGAUCAAGACUACCCUUCCUUCCAAGACUGUCAGCUCCUUUGACGAUCGCAAUGCGGAGGAGCGCAACACAAAUAUCCUGUUCGCCAAUUUUGUCAUCACAUCGCCCUCUCUUGAUCUGGAACCACAACAUCUGUCCCGGCUGCUGGGCCUGGCUCAAGCCCGCGCAUCGUCCUCGCGUGGAAAGAAACGGGAUAACCACCGAUUGAUCUCGCGGCUGCUUCCCAAAGCGAAUAUCAAACUCUCCGUGCACGAACCGGUUAUUCGACUGGUCCUCCCCCCCGAUAAAGAAACAGCGGCUUCCGAGGAGGAGUACAAUCUCUUGAUAUCCUCCAUAUCCACCAUAGCACUGGAUAUAGAAUCGUCCCAUUCAUCCGAGGGCGGUAUACACUACUCUCUCUCGUCGGUGUACCGGGUGGCGUCUCACAAGCUGUAUUACCAAACUCCCACCGGGGUCAAGCACAAUCUGUUUACUACGGAGACUUUGGAGCUCAAAGUCCUGCUCAACGCGACCCCGGAGGUAUGCGUGAUUGCCACAGGCGCUCUGAAUACUUGCUCUGCCCACAUGGUCAAUAGCGACGUCAACAGAGGCAUUAGCCAAGUCGUUGAUCAAAUGCGAGCCCAGAUGAGAAGCAAGAGGAGAGUCUCUGCAUCGUUAGAAGAACGGAAACCAAGCUUAAUCAGGCGUAUCCCUCCCUGGUUGCUCAAGUUUCAGUUUGAGGCGUCGGGCCUCAGUCUGGAGAUCGCCGGUGUUGAUAGUAAGGUCUCGGGUCUUUCGCGCGGUGUCUCAUUGCAAAUGCAGUCUUGGACUGCUGAAUACAGAGCUCAAAAAUCUGAGCCGACUCACAUCAGUCUUGUACGGCGACGCACUCCAAGUCACUCUACGAUUGGCGAUGAAUCUCCGUUCCGAUUCCCUCCAACUUCACCACCCAGACAGACUCAACAGGGUGCCGCUGAUGGAAGACGGUUGGCUCUCCAUGUCCGUGGCUUCGAAGGCUUUGUCAUCGAGUCUGAAGACUAUCUCGAGCCGGAGCCGUUCUUUUCGCUUCCGAGAUUUGAGGUUGCUUUGAGCACCCUCAGUGACCGUCUUGGACCUAUAUUCCACAUCAACUCGGUCUUCAAAGGCGUUUACAUACAGUACUCCCUUUAUCGUUAUUACUGUGUUAUUGUUGCAAUGUCUGUUAUUCAGGAUGCCUUCAUACACCGGCCCUCUGAGACUUCAGAUCAGUCAUCAUCUGAAUGGCGUUCAAAGGACUUUGCAGCGCCUCCAUCUCCUCCCCUGUCACCCCUUCAGAGGAACGAGCUUGUUACUGUGGAUGUCAGAGCUACAGUUGUCCAGAUCAAGACAUUCUUGCCCGCCGACCCUCCCAUGAUGCUCCAGAUAUACGGCCUGUCGGCUGGCUACCACCGUCUGACUUCUCCUUUCGCCAAGGCCCGCCUGGUUCGCUUACAUGCCGAGGCUCCUAAGCUCAAAGGGAUUUGGGUACGGAUUAUCGGCAUGACAAAUGUCAAGGCCAAUCUACGCAAGAUUAAAUUAAAGCAGGGUCUCAAUCUGGUGGACGAGAAGUCAAUCGAUCUCUGGGCUGACUUCAUCCGCAUCGGGGUCCCUCACCACAUGAUCAUGCAUCGUGUCUUCGACAACUGGGCCAACACACUGAAGGCACUCAAACAGCUGCACCAUCGCUACAAAAAUCGUUCGUCCGACUUCAUCUCACCGAGGGAACCGGAAGCACCCAAGAAGGUGCCGCGGAUAUCACUGAAGACUAAGGCAUUAUUGUUCGAGCUUGAAGACGAUGCAUUUGAAUGGAAGCUAGGCUGCAUAUACCGGACAGGGCUUCUGGAACAACGGCAGCGCCUGGCUCGAGAAGAGGCCUUUGAGAUGAAAGUUCAAAAGAUCAAGGAUUCUGGGCAACGACGGACGUCGUCUCGGUUAAGAGCAAAGUCCAGCCAUCGGACUCUUCGAAGCGAAAGAACGAGCUAUGAGACAAAACGAAGCAAAAGUGCCGAACCGAAGCCGCGGACCCCUACGCAAGAUACCAAGCGCAAUCGGGGAAGUAAAUUUCGAUAUGAUGCAGAAGGGGCCGCCUGUCUGUCCGGCGAAUCCAAGAUCUCGGAAGAACAGGCGUGGACUCGUCUCCAGGAGCACAAUGCCCGCUCGUGGAGGCAGAAGAUCGACGCUGCUUUCCAGUUUCAAGGCACCUCAAUCAAGGAGAUCCGAAACCUCUUUUCCGGGGUGGAUGACCUUCCUGAGGACAUUGUCGAGACGGAGAAAACUCUCGCCAUUCCAAAUCGACCGGCUAUCAUGUCAGCUCUCAUAACGGACCUGACACUACUCGUUGAUAAGCCGUAUUUCCCUAUGGAGGAGUACCCUGCCUUCCUUCACAAGCUCGGCAAGGGAAUUCCUCUCUCAACCCAAUAUGCCCUCAUCGUCCCAAUGAGUUUGAGUCUGGACAUGGGUGAAGCUCGUGUCAACCUUAGAGACUACCCCUUGGACUUGUUACACAUACCUGGUCUUCGUCCUGGUCAAUCUCCUAGACUGUCUAGUUGGUCAUUGCGGACCAAUUUUGUCAUUGCCGAAGAAUAUCGAGACUACAAAUCAUCGAGAAAGGUACAGGUCGAGCUCGUUCCCGCCACUGAGCUCUCUGAUGGAACCACCAGCUCCCCCUUCAUGAUCGAUGUGUGGCGGUCUGUGUCUCCUGUCAAGACCUAUUCCGACCCUACCUUCGAGAUCAAUACUAGUCUUCCUACAAGUAUCUCAUGGGGCAUGUCGUAUCAACCAGUGAUCCAAGACAUGAUGAAGAUCAUCGAGGGUUUCACAAAGACCGAGAUUGACCCAUCGGAAAGAGUCGGGUUCUGGGACAAGAUCCGGCUCAGCUUCCACUCUCGUAUUCGAGUUCUAUGGAAGGAAGAUGGCGAUGUCCAUUUGCGCCUCAAAGGUUCUCGUGACCCGUACGUGGUCACUGGCUUUGGGGGUGGAUUUGUCAUGUGCUGGCGCAAAGAUGUGAAAUGGGAAAUCCACACCAGUGACGAUCCCAAGGAGUUUAUGAGCGUGACCAGUGGGGAAUACGUACUAGCGAUCCCGGACUACAGCAACGAAGCUCGUUAUGCGCAGGAUGCCACCACACAGGAUCUGGAGACCACCUCUGCUUCUAGUGAGUUCAAGAACGCAACACACUUCAAGAAAGUUGUGAUGAAGCUGUCUGGUGAUGUGCGCUUGGUUGCCGGUCUGGUUUUUGAAAGGAAUGUCGAUGAGGACAAUCGGUCCUUCGACUUCAGGCCACACUACGAUGUUAUCCUCCAGAACCCGGAGUUUAUUGAUGCGGCGCAGCGACAGGACUAUGACGCCUAUCGUGGAUUCCGGAGCAACCAUAUCCAUCUUUCCAUCUCGGUCGUCGCCCCCGUGAGUCGAGAUUGGGCCGUGGAUCACCUUCAGCCCACUGCUAGUUAUAACACAGUUCACUUAACCCCCCGGUUUUUCACCCACUUCUUCAAUUGGUGGUCUUUGUUCUCGGGUGUUAUGUCUCUUCCCGUUCGUCAAGGUCCUCUCUGGCCUGGCAUCACCAAAACCAGCAAGAAGUUCAACCGUCAUCUUGCAACUGUCAAGUACAAGCUGCUUCUUGCCCCUUUGUUUGUAGCCCACAUGUACAAACACAAGGAUCGCGAGGAUUACGCCGAAGCUGUAGUCACAGCAACUGGGGUGAAGGUUCGCUUGGACUGUCUCAAGCUCGACGUCCACCAAAGACGAGAGCAAAUCAAAACCGUGGCCAGAGGUCGCUUGAAGCAAACAAAGGCAAGCGCAAUGCGAAUCAACCAGGCUCAACUAGAUUUGCAAGCAGCAGAUUUCAGGGCCGUCUCGGCGAGUAUCGAAGGCACGAACUUCGAUGACAUUGCGAAAAAUGGUGACGAUAUCUUGUCUUCAUUCCAACAGCCAGUUCCUUCGGUCGAUUUGUCACGAUUUACAAUCCCUGACCAGAAUCUUGACUGGAUUGACAUGGAUGACUUUGUAGAGCUUGACUGGAUUCUACCUCAAGAAUCCAAUCCCCGAACGCACAUAUUGCCUCUUGCCUUCACACCCCGUUUCACCUACUUCCGCCAGACCGAUCACGACGAUAUGACUCCGGAUCAGACGGGUUAUAGCCGGUUUGGAAAUGAGCCCACUCAUGAGUGCGUCAUGUCCGAGAGCAAUGAGCCUCGUCGCGUACAAAUGGAGCUCAUCAGAGACCGCCUCGCGACUGUUGAGGCACAGAUCCAGAAUUUCGAUCGUCAAAUUGGUGAACAUGAACUUCGCAUGGCGAGGGAAGUGGAUCACGAUGCCGAGCUCAAGAGGGAAUAUGACGAUUUCGUCAAGCAGGCUGAAUCACUUGCGCGUCGGCGUACUUUUCUCGCCAACGGUCUCCGUCGUCUUGAAGUACAGCUUGCACGCGAAGAUAAGUUGCCUAUGGACAGAAAGCCCGAAACUUUCGCGAGCGAUAGUUCAUUCCGCUUGGGCGCCGACACAGAUUCAACUAAGGAGGGCAAAGAAGCGGAUCUUCACGGGUUGUAUUCGUCCCCCAACGACGAAUACGCCAGCGAUUUCAACAACCGCUUUCUGAUUCAUAACAUGCAGCUGAAGUGGAACAACUCGCUCCGUAAUAUCAUGCUGCGCUAUAUCCACCAAGUGAGCCAGAGGCGCGGUUUCGUAUACUAUAUGUCCCGCAGGGCCGUCAAGUUCAUCAUCGACAUUGUCGACGAACAAAAUAAGAAUAACCGCAAGCGGUCCAAGAUGUUCAAGGACUCCUCGCGACGGCCUUCUACAACAGAUACCGAUGAGGACUCUGUGGAGGAUCGUAUCGAACAACUACUAAACGAUGCCAAACGGUUUGUCAAUGCCGAGGAAGAAGAAAGCAUCGACACGAGCCGAACUCAAUCGGAUUCGGACAAUUCAAGUGAGAAUAUCGCGCCGGAGUUCACGCCGCAGCACAGCUAUUACUUGCGCCUGAUUGCGCCACAGAUUCAGCUUCAGAGCGAGAAGAAUCAGAAGUCAGUUGUCUUAGUUGCUGCCAGUGGCAUGCAACUCAAGGUCAUCUCCAUCAUGGACAAAGAGCGGGUUUCCGAUGAUGUUAGCGGUCUAGUGCAACGGCGCUUCUCCCUUGACAUGGACGGAGCUCAGUUUUUUGUCGCCACCCAGAAGAACCUCCUGAAUCACUUGCAGUUUUAUGCUGGUAAUAAGUACGGCAACUCUCCGGGGUCCGCGUGGCCGCCCUGGCUGACCCUCGAGGCCAUGUUUGAUUUCGAACUGAGCCCGUUUGGUUUCUCAAGGAUUGUUCAAAAGACUUCAGCCAGCCUGAAGUAUGACAAAUACAACAAUCUCCGUCUGAAGUACAAUGAGGAGGUGGCUAAAGGGCACCCUGGGAAAGACGUCGGGCCAGAUGGUCAAGAGACGAGAAUGGAUCAAAUCCGUGUCGACUUCCCUCAUUUCCGGGCUAUCUGUGACUCGGCAGAGUACUACUCUAUGUACAUCAUCGUUCUGGAUCUUUUGCUCUACAGUGAGCCAUUAGAAAAGGUUCGAAACGAACGUCUAGAGCGGAUUCUUCUCACUUCAGACUUCAGCGAUCUGCGGGGCGCUCCGGAAAUGGUAUUCAAGCUACAAUCUCGCAUUCGACAGCUAGAAGAGAUCAAGGAGCAUUUCCAAAUCAAUGCCAAGUACUUGGAUAAGCAUGGCUGGGAAGAUCGGAUGGUGUUGGAACAAGAUGUGGCACAGUGCGAAGACGAGCUAUUCUUUCUGAUGAAGGCGAUCACCACGUCCCAGAGGCGAAUGGAGCCGACCAUGUCUCAGACGAACGGCAUCUUACGCUGGAACAUCUCCGCAUCCGAGGUUGUCUGGCAUCUCAUGAAAGACCAGUCCCAGCCAUUGGUCGAAUUCCAGCUACGGAAUGCCGAGUAUGACCGCACGGACAACAGCGAUGGCUCCAACCACAAUCUCGUGGCUGUUGAGCGGCUAUAUGGCUUGAACCUCCUGCCGGAUGCCAUCUAUCCCCAGAUCAUCGUACCGUAUCUCGACCAAGUUAAGAACCUAGACGAGCCGGAUGACUAUAUGAUCCGGGUCAAGUGGCACAUGCUGGAAGCCGUUGCUGGCAUUCCUGUGCUGGACGAUUUCGAGGUGUCUCUAUUCCCGCUCAAGAUCCAGUUGGAGCACGAACUUGGCCAGAAGGUCUUUGAGUACAUCUUCCCCAAUGUGGGCUCUGGUGCUUUUGACGGCGGGUUUUCCCCUUUCAUGAUCAAGAAUAUGAAACCCUUGGAGGCCUCGGAUUCGGAAGCGGAUGAGGAUAGUUCAUCCCCGCCUGUGAGUGCACGUGGCACGAACGACAUCUCUACUGAGGACCUGCAUAUGACCAAAGGGCCCGGUGCGAUUGAGCUCAGAUUACACCCCACGCUUUCGUUGGCCGACGACGCCAGACCCAAGUCACAGCAUAGCUCGCAUAACCUCAAGGGUCUCGCGCUGGCACCCCUGCACAAGGAAAACCGAGCGAAGGAUCCGAAGGAUAGCAAUCGGCUUGGGCCAUCCCAGACGGGCCGCCCUACAACAAGUGCAAGUACACUGAGCAAGAAAAAGUCAGUCGAGAGCAUGCGGAUGCUAGUGAGGCAGCCUACGGACAAGUCCUUCAUGAAUGGCUCGAAUACCAAUGUGGGCGAAGACAAAGGCAAGAAAUUCGCUCUGAUUCCGGUCAAGGGCGGUAAAUCCAAGGAAAUGCAAGACGACUUGUCCCAAAUGAUGUCCCGUGCAUCCAGCUAUAUGACGCUUGCUCAUGUCAAGGUGCACGACGUUGUACUGUGCCUGAGUUACAAGGGUAAAGGAGAGCACAAUCUGGAAGACCUGCAUGACUUCGUCUUCCGCCUGCCGGUUUUGGAAUACCGGCACAAGACCUGGUCCAACUUGGACCUGGCUUUGAGACUCAAAAAGGAUGUUAUCAAAGCCCUCAUCUCCCAUGCACCUGCAAUCCUUGGCAACAAAUUUUCCAACCACCGCCCCUCGAAGCAGCAGCUGAAGCGCUACCGCGAGCUUGCCAGUUCAUCCCAACUACUCCAGGGUACAGACAGUGCGGCCAAUACCGUGUCCGAUAAGAGCCGCAGCCAAGUCAGCUAUGAUUCCAAUAGCGAGUAUUCUGAAUCGCCGUCGCAGCGCUCCAUCCAAUCGGGGACUUCCCCACUUGCGCGGUCACAGUCGUUGGGCUCGAGCAUGCUCAGUGUGCAGGACCAAGGGACGCCAUUCGACGCGCGCUCCGUGAACGAUGUGGAUGUCGAUGCCCGCUGGGAGCAAUCUCGCAGGGUUGUGAACCCUCCUCCAGGCAGGCCAAUGACAUCGGGACAGGUAAUGGUGAGGUCGGACACCAAGAUUUGGAAUGGGCCGCCGGAUGAAAGUUCCAGGUCGACGAUCCGCAACAUUGGCCGCAAGUUGCUGCCCUCGCGGAAACAAUGA